AGCGGGUAGUUGAGGCGUAGACUUAUAGAACCUUAUAGAGGUCCUAUAUCUUCCUUUGUAUUUCGCCAUUGGGUUUUGUAAGAAAGAAGAGACUCACCCGCGCAUCCAGUGCUAAAGAUCCGCUUGUCCCUUCAUCAGCGGUUAGCAAAGGCCUCGGCUUUCGGUGUCUCAACGGAAAAGAGCGCUCACUCACCAUUCAUCAGGCUCAUCGUCGUCUUCUUGUGUGCUCUGCUGAGCGUUACUCUCUUCUUUUGUCAUAAUUUCGGUUGAUCUCUUGUCGAAAAUUGUGGUGAUUGAGUCUUGUGUGUUAUCGUUGAAAAAGGUUAAAGGUGGUUCGAGGCGGACAUUUGGCUGAGGCGAGAUCCAACAAAAGUCAAGUGACAAGACUACACGUACAACUUUGAUAUCACCAGAACCAGCCAAAUACGAACAAUGGCACCAGCAAAGCUCAACGUUCUUGUUUACACAGGUUUGAUCCAUCAACUCCCUUCACUGGCUGUUACACUCACUGAUUCACUACCAAGGCAUUGGCACCACGGUUGAGUCAGUGCGGCAUUGUAUCUGGUCCCUCCGCCGUCUUCUCGGCCCCAACUACGCCGUCAUCCCCAUCACCGAGAACAUCGUUCUCAAAGAACCAUGGCAAGCAACAUGCGCACUCCUCGUCUUCCCAGGUGGUGGCGAUCUCGGCUACUGCCAGGCAUUGAAUGGUGAGGGAAAUCGUCGUAUCGGCGACUAUGUCCGCCGAGGAGGCUCUUAUCUAGGCUUCUGUGCUGGUGGCUACUACGGGACACAGAAGUGUGAGUUUGAAGUGGGAAACAAGCCCAUGGAGGUUGUUGGACGAAGAGAGCUAGGGUUCUUCCCAGGGACCUGUCGAGGUGGUGCGUUCAAAGGCUUUGAGUAUCGGAGUGAAAGGGGAGCGAGGGCUGUGCGUUUGACGGUACCCAAGGGUGCCUUUGAACAGGAGGUUGCGUCUGAAAUCAUCUCUUACUAUAACGGAGGAGGUGUCUUUGUUGAUGCUGCUUCGGUUAAGGAUAGAAAGGUCGAGGUUCUCGCUACUUACGACGAGGAGCUUGAUGUCGAUGGUGGUGAUGGAAAAGCAGCAGUUGUUCUUUGCACAGUCGGAGAUGGCAAAGCUUUGCUUACUGGCCCUCACCCCGAGUUCGCUGCGGCCAACUUGAAUCCUCAGCCAAGCGUUCCUGGGUACGAUGACCUGGUCACCAAACUAGGAGGCGCCGACAAGGACCGAGCUGCUUUUCUCAAGGCAUGCCUCACAAAGCUCGGUCUUGAGGUCAGCCCCCACGAUACAGGUGUUCCAUCGCUCUCCCAUCUUCACCUCUCCUCCAUCACCGACACAGGCGUAUCAGAGCUAUUGACUGACUGGAGCGGCAUCAUCGAGAAGGAGAACGGCGAAGAAUGGAUUCGAGCGGAAACAGAUACCUUUCACAUCCAGAAUGAAGAUACAAUCUGGAGUCUCGAAGGGCUUCAGCAAUCCCUGACAGAGACAACGGAUUCCAACAUCUCUGAAAAUGGCAGCAUUGACUACAGCAAGAUCAUCAAGAAGAUCUUUCCUCACGAGAAGGGUCUUCCUCACCCCAAGCUUACACCACAUUUCAACCAUGGUCUGUUCUUUUCGAGCCUGAAGCGUUAUCGACAAAUUGAGCCAACUGCCCGGGCAUGGGGCGACUUGCUCAUGUACGGCGAAGUGGUCACAAGUACAAAUACCAUGCUUGAGAAGAACCCUAAGCUCAUGCCAAAGCUCCCAAGUGGCUUCACCGUCUCAGCUACGACCCAAGUUGCCGGUCGUGGUCGUGGCUCCAACGUGUGGAUUGCUCCUCCUGGAAUGCUCAUCUUCUCGACUGUUAUCAACCACCCAGCCCACUUAGCUGUGAGUCGCCCUGUGGUGUUUAUUCAAUAUAUCACGGCUAUUGCUAUGGUUGAGGCUGUGCAGUCUUAUGACCGUAGCUACGAGGACAUUCCCAUCAAGUUGAAGUGGCCCAACGACAUUUAUGCCCUUGAUCCCACAAAGUCACAAGAGAAACCGCACUAUGUGAAAGUCGGCGGUAUUCUCUCACAGUGUCUCUAUUUCGACGGCAACUACCAAAUCAUCCUCGGUGUAGGCCUCAAUACCAUCAACCCCCGUCCCACAAUCUCCAUAUCCGACCUCGUUCCCUCAGGGGCAUCAGAACUUCAUCUCGAAACCCUCCUAGCCCGCGUUCUCACACGCAUAGAAGCCAUCUACGCCCAGUUUCUUCGAGAAGGGUUCUCAGCUGAUCUUGAAGCCCGUUACUACCGCCACUGGUUACAUACAAGACAAGAUGUCACUCUCGAGGCAGAAGGUGGUGUCAAGGCUCGUGUGAUGGGAAUUACGCGGGAUUGGGGAAUGUUGAAGGUUGAAGAGAUGGAUGCUAGUGGGAGGUCGACAGGGAAGAUCUGGGCAUUGCAGAGUGAUGAAAAUAGCUUCGAUUACUGGAAGGGCCUGGUCAGGAGGAAGGUGUGAGAAUAAAUAUGUGUCGAAGCGCGGGAAGUAGGCAGAUAUGCGGUAAUCAACGCUACUUAUGAAUUAUCAUUAUAUACUUACUUUUCAAUUAGAUCAUGCCAUAUUCGAUAUGCCAAUAAUCGAGAAUCGAGUCGCA